AUGUCUCACCCAGAGAAUGAGCACGUCUCGGCGGAGACAUCCCCGAACGACGUUGAAUUGACAGCAAUGGACCGAGCAAGACCGUCCUCAGCAGAGCAGCGCAAGUCAAGCGGCCAGUCGUCAAUCACCAGUACGACAAUGGUUCCUGCAGGAGAAAAGGGCCCAGCGUCUCAGCCAUCUACUGGCAACCAGCUAGCCCGAGCAGAUGAUUCAGAUGCGCUGUAUGCGCAUCUUCCCGAGCACGAGAAACAGAUCUUGAAGAUGCAGUUGGACGCGGAUGAUGUGAAUGUCUCCUUCUUUGGUCUGUUUCGCUAUGCUUCCCGAAUGGACCUUGCGAUUAUGUUCGUGAGCGCAAUCUGUGCCAUUGUCGCAGGCGCUGCGCUGCCCCUUUUUACUAUCCUCUUCGGUUCCUUGGCCUCGGCUUUCCGAGGCAUAGCCUUGUAUGAGAUUUCGUACCACGACUUUUACCACCAGUUAACGAAAAAUGUUCUCUAUUUUGUUUAUCUCGGCAUUGCAGAGUUCGUCACCGUAUACAUCUCCACUGUCGGCUUCAUCUACACUGGUGAACAUGUCACCCAAAAGAUUCGCGAACACUACCUUGAGUCGAUCUUGAGACAAAACAUGGGAUACUUCGAUAAGCUGGGUGCCGGUGAAGUGACUACGCGCAUUACGGCCGACACGAACCUCAUCCAAGAUGGUGUCUCAGAAAAGGUUGGACUGACUUUGACCGCCAUCGCCACGUUUGUCACGGCCUUUAUUGUCGCUUAUAUCAAAUAUUGGAAGCUGGCACUGAUUUGCACAUCGACCAUUGUGGCAUUGGUUCUGCUUAUGGGAGGUGGAUCUCGGUUUAUUGUCAAGAACAGCAAGCAGGCUCUGCAGAGCGCCGGUGCCGGUGGUACUGUAGCGGAGGAAGUUAUCAGCUCCAUCCGCAAUGCAACUGCUUUCGGAACUCAGGACAAGCUCGCAAAGCAAUACGAAACUCACUUGGCCGAGGCUGAGAAGUGGGGUAUCAAGACCCAAGUGACCCUUGGUUUCAUGAUUGGUGGCAUGUUCGGUAUUAUGUUCUCCAACUAUGGCCUUGGCUUCUGGAUGGGUUCCCGCUUCCUCACAGACGGUGAGGUCAAUGUUGGCCAGGUCCUGACUGUGUUGAUGGCUAUCCUGAUCGGUUCGUUCAGUCUGGGUAACGUCAGCCCUAACGCUCAGGCAUUCACCAACGCUGUCGCCGCCGCUGUCAAGAUCUACGGUACAAUUGACCGCCCCUCGCCCCUGGAUCCUUAUUCCGAAGAAGGUGAGAAGCUUGAGCAUUUCGAGGGCAAUAUUGAGUUCCGUGACAUCAAGCACAUCUACCCUUCGCGACCAGAAGUCACUGUCAUGGAUGGUGUUUCUCUUAGCAUGCCGGCCGGAAAGACGACUGCCUUGGUGGGCCCGUCCGGCUCUGGAAAGAGUACCGUUGUCGGACUCGUUGAGCGCUUCUAUUUCCCCGUUGGGGGCUCUGUUCUGUUGGACGGCCAUGAUAUCUCGACUCUCAACCUUCGUUGGUUGCGUCAGCAAAUCUCGCUGGUCAGCCAAGAACCUGUUCUCUUCGGCACUACAAUCUAUCACAACAUCCGUUAUGGUCUCAUUGGAACCAAGUUCGAGCAAGAGUCCGAGGAAAAGAUCCGAGAGCUGAUCGAGAAUGCGGCUAGAAUGGCCAAUGCGCAUGAUUUCAUCACGGCACUUCCCGAAGGAUAUGAGACCAACGUUGGUCAGCGCGGCUUUUUGCUUUCCGGUGGACAGAAGCAGCGUAUCGCCAUUGCGCGUGCUAUCGUGAGCGAUCCCAAAAUUCUUCUCCUCGAUGAAGCCACGUCUGCAUUGGAUACAAAAUCCGAGGGCGUCGUACAAGCAGCACUGGACCGAGCUGCUGAAGGUCGAACCACUAUCGUGAUUGCCCACCGCCUGUCUACUAUCAAGACGGCGCACAACAUCGUUGUCAUGGUGAAUGGCAAGAUUGUAGAGCAAGGAAACCACAACGAGCUUGUCAGCCGUAAGGGUACCUACCACAGUCUUGUUGAGGCCCAGCGUAUCAACGAGGAAAAGGACGCGGAAGCCCUGGCUGCCGACGAGGAUGUGGAUGAGGAAGAUUUCUCCAAACAGGAAAUUGCGCGCAUCAAGUCUGCUAGCAGUGGGUCUGGCUCUCUCGAUUAUGAGGAUGAGAAAUCCCUCGCCGGGAAUGGACUGAAUCGCAGUGGAACGCACAAGUCCAUCUCCAGCGCCAUUCUUUCUAAGCGGGAGCCCGAGGUGGCUCGGAAGUACUCCCUUUGGACCUUGGUCAAAUUUAUCGCCUCUUUCAAUCGCCCUGAGCUCAAGUAUAUGCUGAUUGGCUUGGUCUUCGCCGUCCUUUCCGGUGGUGGCCAGCCGACUCAGGCUGUGCUCUACGCCAAAGCUAUCAGUACACUUUCGUUGCCUACUAGCGAGGCCGCCAAAAUCCGUCACGAUGGGGCUUUUUGGGCUCUGAUGUUCUUUGUUGUCGGAAUUGCUCAGUUUAUCAAUCUUUCCAUCAAUGGUGCCGCAUUUGCCGUCUGCUCAGAGCGACUGAUUCGCCGCGCCCGUAGCAUGGCCUUCAGGUCAAUUCUUCGCCAGGAUAUCACCUUCUUUGACCGAGAGGAAAACAGCACUGGUGCGCUCACAUCAUUCCUUUCGACGGAGACUAAGCAUCUUUCUGGAGUCAGUGGUGCGACCUUGGGAACUAUUCUCAUGACCAGCACUACUCUCGGCGCAGCUAUGAUCAUUUCUCUAUCUAUCGGGUGGAAACUGGCUCUGGUUUGUAUCUCUGUGGUCCCUGUCCUUCUGGGUUGUGGUUUCUACCGUUUCUACAUGCUUGCCAGAUUCCAACAACGAUCCAAGACUGCCUAUGAGGGUUCUGCAAGCUAUGCUUGCGAAGCGACAUCUGCUAUUCGCACUGUCGCCUCCCUCACUCGGGAGCAGGAUGUCUGGGCAAUGUACCAUUCUCAGCUGGAGGACCAGGGCCGGAAGAGUUUAAUAUCCGUGCUGAAGUCUUCUAUCCUCUAUGCAUGCUCGCAGGCUCUUGUUUUCUUCUGUGUUGCACUCGGCUUCUGGUACGGAGGUACCCUCCUGGGCCAUCACGAAUACUCAGUCUUUCGCUUUUUCGUCUGCUUCUCCGAAAUUCUGUUUGGCGCCCAGUCCGCUGGUACUGUCUUCUCCUUCUCUCCCGACAUGGGCAAGGCGAAGAACGCUGCAGCUGAGUUCCGGAGACUGUUUGACCGGAAGCCAGAGAUUGACACAUGGUCCGAAGAGGGCGAGCAGCUCGAAUCUGUGGAAGGAGAGAUUGAGUUCAAGAAUGUGCACUUCCGGUACCCUACCCGGGCCGAGCAGCCUGUCCUGCGAGGCCUGAACCUGACCGUCAAGCCUGGGCAAUACAUUGCCCUCGUCGGGCCUAGUGGAUGUGGCAAGAGUACGACAAUUGCGCUCCUUGAGCGCUUCUACGAUGCCAUCGCUGGAAAGGUUCUUAUUGAUGGAAAGGAUAUCACUCAAAUCAAUGUGAACUCAUACCGCAGUUUCUUGUCGCUCGUCAGCCAGGAACCCACCCUGUACCAAGGCACCAUCAAGGAGAACAUUUUGUUGGGAGUCCGUGGAGAAGAUGUGACGGAGGAGCAACUGGUGAAGGCUUGCAAGGAUGCCAACAUUUAUGACUUUAUCAUGUCCCUGCCUGAGGGUUUCAACACCGUUGUUGGUAGCAAAGGAGGCAUGCUGUCCGGAGGUCAGAAGCAGCGUGUGGCGAUCGCACGUGCCUUGAUCCGGGAUCCCCGAGUACUUCUUCUGGAUGAGGCCACCUCUGCCCUCGAUUCCGAGUCCGAGAAGGUUGUCCAAGCUGCAUUGGAUGCUGCGGCUAAGGGCCGAACCACGAUCGCCGUCGCACAUCGUCUGAGUACGAUUCAGAAGGCCGAUAUCAUCUAUGUUUUCGACCAGGGGAAGAUUGUUGAAAGCGGAACUCACCAAGAGUUGAUCCGGAUAAAAGGCCGUUAUUACGAGCUGGUUAAUUUGCAGAGCCUGGACGGUGGCCACUAA